AUGUCUACAGCCGCCGUCCCCGCCAUCGAUUCCAUCACCACACUACCACAACCCUCACAUAUCACCCUCCUCCUCAAACACGCCAAGUCAACAGUCUUCCUGUCCGUGUCACCCCAACAACCAUUCACCUCAAUCAAGUCUCUCCUCCUCUCCGCCCUACAAGCCCGGAACAUCACUCUCCUCUCAUCAUCAGACGGCACCAGUACCUCACUUCCCUCGAGUCCGGACGGCAUUGAGCUUGGCGUGCUAGUCGACAAGAAGGACGCGAGUAGAGGCUGGACUCUGCUUGAUUCUUCCACUGCGGCUACCCCAAAGUCGACGACGAAGUCCAAGGCUAAAGCGGCUACAUCCAAGGACGAUCCAGACACCCCAGCCGGUGCUGGACUCGCUGAUGGUUCAUGGCUGGCGUAUCGGGUGAAGAAGGAGGGAAGCAGUGAUGACGUGUCGGUAGAUGAGAAUGGAGAUGUAGUAGUUGAUAUGGAGGGAGAUCAGGGAUGGUAUGUGGUGCUGCCGAGCUUUGAGGAGGAUGAAGCGAUGGACGGUGAUGGGGACGAUGCUGAGAUGGACGGCGUGGAGGUCGAGGUUCCUGCUGUUGCGAACGAAAAGGUCACGAAGAAGACGAAGGAUUGA